GGGGGCGGGGCGCUGGUCGCCGGCGCUCUGCUCGCGAUCAUGGAGGCGCCGGUCGGCUUGCUGUUGCUGCUGUGGCUCGGGGCUUUGGUCCCGGCUCCAGGCAGCGCCUCUUCGGAGGCUCCGCCGCUGGUCAACGAAGAUGUGAAGCGCACGGUGGACCUGAGCAGCCACCUGGCCAAGGUGACGGCUGAGGUGGUCCUGGCGCACCCGGGCGGCGGCUCCACGUCUCGAGCCAGCUCGUUCGUCCUGGCCCUGGAGCCGGAACUCGAGUCGCGCCUGGCGCACCUCGGCGUGCAGGUAAAGGGAGAAGAUGAGGAAGACAGUAACCUAGAAGUACGGGAAACCAAAAUGAAGGGGAAAAGUGGGAGAUUUUUCACGGUCAAGCUUCCAGUUGCUCUUGAUCCUGGGUCCAAGAUCUUGGUUGUUGUGGAAACUGUCUACACCCACGUGCUUCAUCCAUAUCCGACUCAGAUAACUCAGUCAGAGAAACAGUUUGUGGUAUUUGAGGGCAACCAUUAUUUCUAUUCUCCCUAUCCAACAAAGACCCAAACCAUGAGAGUGAAACUUGCCUCCCGAAAUGUAGAAAGCUACACCAAGUUGGGGAACCCCACACGAUCUGAAGACGUCUUGGAUUAUGGACCUUUCAAAGACAUCCCUGCCUACAGUCAGGAUACUUUUAAAGUACACUAUGAAAACAACAGCCCUUUCCUGACCAUCACCAGUAUGACUCGGGUCAUUGAGGUUUCUCACUGGGGUAAUAUUGCUGUGGAAGAGAAUGUGGACUUAAAGCACACAGGCGCAGUGCUGAAGGGGCCUUUCUCCCGCUAUGAUUACCAGAGACAGCCCGACAGUGGUAUUUCCUCCAUCCGUUCUUUUAAGACCAUCCUUCCUGCUGCUGCCCAGGAUGUGUAUUACCGCGAUGAGAUUGGUAAUGUUUCCACCAGCCACCUCCUUAUUUUGGAUGACUCUGUGGAAAUGGAAAUCCGGCCUCGAUUUCCUCUCUUUGGUGGGUGGAAGACACACUACAUUGUUGGCUACAACCUCCCAAGCUAUGAAUACCUCUAUAAUCUGGGUGAUCAGUAUGCACUGAAGAUGCGGUUUGUGGACCACGUGUUUGAUGAGCAAGUGAUAGAUUCUCUGACAGUGAAGAUCAUCUUGCCUGAGGGAGCCAAGAACAUCCAGGUAGACAGUCCCUAUGACAUUAGCCGUGCCGCAGAUGAGCUUCACUACACCUACCUAGACACAUUCGGCCGCCCGGUGAUUGUUGCCUACAAGAAAAAUCUGGUUGAACAGCACAUUCAAGACAUUGUUGUGCACUACACCUUCAACAAGGUGCUCAUGCUGCAGGAGCCCCUGCUGGUCGUGGCUGCCUUCUACAUUUUGUUCUUCACCGUCAUCGUCUACGUCCGUCUGGACUUUUCCAUCACCAAGGAUCCAGCUGCAGAAGCCAGGAUGAAAGUGGCCUGUAUCACAGAGCAGGUAUUGACCCUGGUCAACAAGAGGUUAGGCCUCUACCGUCACUUUGACGAGACCAUCAAUAAGUACAAGCAGUCCCGGGAUGUCUCUGCCCUCAAUAGUGGCAAGAAGAGUCUGGAGACAGAGCACAAAGCUGUGACCAGUGAGAUUGCUGUGCUGCAGUCCAGGCUGAAGACGGAAGGCUCUGACCUGUGUGACAGAGUGAGCGAGAUGCAAAAGUUGGAUGCGCAGGUCAAGGAGCUGGUGCUGAAGUCGGCAGUGGAAGCAGAGAGGCUGGUGGCUGGCAAGCUCAAGAAGGAUACGUACAUCGAGAAUGAAAAGCUCAGCUCGGGAAAACGCCAGGAGCUGGUCACCAAGAUUGAUCACAUCCUGGAUGCUCUGUAGCUCAUGUCUCCAGGGCAGGCCCAAGUUGCCUACAACUCAGAUGCAGUCAUAAGUAGAAGGAGGAGACGGUGGUUAUCAAAAGACCUCAAGAAGGAAAAACCAAGGCCCUACCCACAGAGGUCUGAGAAACUUGUCCCUUAUUUCUGAAUGGGUCCCUUUUAUAAAAAAACAAAACAAAAUCCUAAACAAAAAUCCUGUAUAAAAACCAAAUAUGGUUGUGUUUUGAACAAAGGCAUUUUCAGUAGUCGAUUUAGUUUGUUCUGAUGCCUGGGGUUUUUUCCAUCCGUAAGUCCUGUUUUAUGCCUUUCUAAUUCCUAAUGUUGGGUUCUUUUGUGAGUGUAUGCAUGUUUUUUUUUUUAAGUGUGUAUGACCAAAUGAAAAUAAAGGAGGGGCUGUAAACAUUU